AUAUGGAAAGCAUGUAUGGCCAAUGUUGCACUUUGCAUGCUUUUCAUACUUUAUAGUGUUGUCACUGCCAGUGACCUGACAGCAACUCAGGCAAAAUUACUAUAUUGUCUUUCUGGGUUCAUAGCUGUUUGUUAUAUGAUGUUUGGUCUCUGUAUUUCCGUGACUGAGCGUGGCUGAGGCAUGUCGCGAGUUUUAACUGGGUGUCCU